AGCAGAGUGAAUCGGGUUUGUGAGUCAAUCAUUGGAAGCUUACCACAUUUUAACAUGGCAUACAACACCGGUUCGCAAAAUCCCGGCUUGGACUGGAAGUUCCAGUGCAUGUCGGUCCUUGAUGUCAAACAAGCAACCGCGAAGAUCAAGCGGAAUGAAGCGAGUUACAAGUUCCAGUCUGGAGAAAUCGGUACCGUCUCUCGCAUCGACACCAACCAAGUUCCCAGCAACAAUCCCAUCGAGGACCACAUGGCCACGGGUAAGAUUGACCUGGGAAAAGGCGGUAUCUGGCAUUGUUGGGCUAUAUACGACGGACAUGGCGGUGAACAAACCGCCAUCGUGCUCUCCCACGCCCUAAUCCCAUACGUGGAACGCGCUCUACGAGCCCAUUUCGAGUCCUCCCCUGAAACAACAAUUGAGGACAGCAUCAUCACUGCUUUCAACACUCUCGCCGAGGAUAUAUCCGCAGAUGGUCUAGCUGCCCUAGAAAGCGCACAUAGCCAUGCCGAGGUGCAAGCCCGUCUUGCCCCAAACUACGCUGGCUCUUGUGCUCUUCUCGCGCUAUACAACCCAUCCGAGUCCAUGCUCUACGUGGCUAACACUGGUGACUCACGCGCCGUUCUCGGGACUCCAGCCGAGUCCGGAUCCGUCCAUGGGACCGUCGUUAUGUCAAAUGACCACGCAGCGGCCAACGAGGCCGAGGUGGAAAGAUUGAAAGCACUUCACCCCGAUCAAGAUGAUAUAAUCACUAAACGUGACGGCGACUGUGCCCGUUACGUCGGCAUUGCCGUCACUCGUGCGUUCGGAGACGCCAGAUGGAACUGGCCCAAGGAAGCUAUGACCAAGUGGGAAAAGGAGUAUUCUGGAAAGCCUGCCCCGGGCAGCGUUACCAACCCGCCCUAUCUCGAGGCCACCCCGGAGGUGAAGAGCUACAAGCUGAAGGGUGGGGAAUUUCUGAUUCUCGCAUCAGAUGGUCUUUGGAACCACCUGACCAGUGAGGACGCCGUUGAGGCCGUCAGCAAGUGGGUGAAGGUUACUAAGGAGGGCACGCUAGCGGAAGUCGGUUCUGGCACGCCUUUGGCAUUUGGGGGUGAAGAGACAAGCCCUGAUCACGCAGAGGGAAUCUCCUAUUGGGACCCUUGGCAAGUCAAGCCGGAAUGGUUCGUUUAUGAGGAUGACAAUGCUGCUACACAUCUCGUGAAGAAUGGCUUGGGUGGAGCGCAACGACAGCUGUUCACGGGAGUUUUGACGGUUGAUACGCCUGUCAGUAGGACGAUGAGGGAUGAUGUGACUGUUCAGGUUGUGUUUUUUGAUGGUGCUUAGUGGUUGACUUUGGCUGUUUGUUGGGUUUCGGUUUUUGGUUUGCUUUUUUUGCGUCUUUUGUGUGCCGUUCUUCUCCUUGCAUUCACAGACCUUUCAGUCCCAUGCAGGGGAUAUAUUUCUUCCUUAUAGUGGCGGUCACACCAUGCCAGACUGCGGCACACAUUGUCGAUUUGCAUUUGAAGCUGCAGGCUUUGAUAGUCCUCCGCAGCGGUGCCCAAAUGAACAUACUUCUCG